AUGGGAGCAGCGCUUAUAUUUAUUUCUUUUCAUGUUUAUAAAGGGAAGAAAUCUGCGCUGAGAACCAUCAAAAAGUCUGAGAACACUGUUGAACAAACAGCCUCUUCACUUACUGAGACGAAGGAAAACAAACCAGAAACUAACAAGGAAUGUGUAGGUAAAGUGCAGUCAGUCCUUCAGUGUUUGCAGAGUCCAAGGAAAUCAAGAUCCCCACUAAGUGACAAUUCAAGCAUGUUGCUCCAGGAGGGAAAGGAUUCUGACGCAGCCAAUUCAGACUCGUCAAAGCUGAAGCUGGACAUGACCGAUAAAAUUAAAUCUGAGAGAUGCGAGUCCCAAGAACAGAACCCUGAAGUGUCCCGUCAGAGUAGCGGGACAAGGCAGCAGGCCUUUGAUCAGCCUAAGCAAAAAGAAUCCUCCACACAACCAAAUGUGAAAUCUGCUACAAACACCCAAGCUCCAGCAUCCAAACCUCAGAGUAAGACCAGAGCAAAAAAGAAGGAGAACAAAGCUCUUCAAAACAGAAAGGUCACGGAUUAUUUUCCCAUCAGACGGAGUAGCAGAAAAACAAAAAAUGACCUAAAGAGUGAAGAGCACAAACACUUGGAUGAUCUGAUAAAGAAUGGAACUGAAGAAGGGAUGCAGGUCAAACACAUAAAGGAAAAAGGACGAGGAGUAUUUGCUGUUAAAGGUUUUACAAAGGGAGAGUUUGUUGUCGAGUACCAUGGCGACCUGCUGGACCUGGCAGAAGCAAAAAGGAGAGAGGCAGAGUAUUCGAAGGAUCCUGAAACGGGCUGUUACAUGUACUACUUCCAGUAUCAAACCAAAACUUACUGCGUGGAUGCUACGAAGGAAACGGGCCGCCUUGGAAGGCUGCUGAACCACAGUAAAGGUGGAAACUGUCAGACGAGGCUCCACGCCAUCGAUGGGACGCCUCACCUGAUCUUGGUGGCUUCCAGAGACAUCAAAGCAGACGAGGAGCUGCUCUAUGAUUACGGCGAUCGGAGCAAAGACUCCAUCUCUGCACACCCUUGGCUCAAAUACUGA